AUGCCAGUUAAGUCUAUUCAGGUUAAUGAUGACCACAGCAUGAAUGAGGAUCAUGUUGCAGAUUCACAAAUUAAUUAUAAUGCUGCGAUCGAAUAUUGGACAGGCGUGCCAGCUUCAGUUGAUGGUGUGUUGGGUGGAUUUGGAGAGCAAACAGCUGUUCCUAAGGCCGAUAUUGUUGGAUCUUCUACAUUCUUGAGAAAGUUGCAGAGUAGAAUGAUCUGUCCUGAUGGGGUGGAAAAGCUCACUAUUGAUAUGGGUGCUGGUAUUGGUAGGAUAACAAGAGAUUUAUUGUGGAAAGUAAGUGACAAAUGUGAUUUAUUGGAACCAGUUAAACCAUUUGUUGCACAAAUGUACAACGAGUUAGAAAGCGUCAAAAAUAGAGGGAAAUUAGGAGACAUUUACGAUAUAGGUAUGCAAGAAUGGGAAUGUGAUCCACAAAAGGUAGGAAAGUAUUGGUUAGUCUGGUGUCAAUGGUGUGUUGGUCAAUUGCCAGAUGAAGAAUUGGUCAAGUUCUGGGAAAGGUGUAGAGCUGCAUUAAUUGGAAAUGGUAUUGGAACUUUGAUAGUUAAGGAAAAUAUUGCCCCAUACGAAGAUAUUUUCGACGAAACCGAUUCUUCGGUUACACGAACUGAUGCAAAAUUUAGAGAAUUGUUCAUUAAGGCUGGGUUUAAAUUAAUUGCUAGCGAUGUCCAAAAAGGAUUACCAAAAGAAUUAUACCCAGUUAGAAUGUACUGUUUAAAACCAAAUAAUUAA